CCAGGCGUUCCGCAGCAAAGCUUCCUCCUCCAACCUCGGCUCCCCCCGCCCCCGGGCCCGGGGACCUUUCUUUAAGUCUUUUCGGGUCUCUCAGAAGAGACACGCAGGUGCUCGGAGACGCUGCUGGAGAAAGAGAAAAGCGCUACCGGAGUAACUGUGCGUGAGCGCCCCGGGGCGGGUCCCGGCGGGAACACUCUCUCAGGCUGGCUGGAGCGCGGGGAGGGGCCCGGCGGGGCUGGCACUUCUCACGGGGUGUGUGACCCGCUCGGGUGCCAGUUGGAGAGGCUCAUUCACUUUGGCGAUUGCUCCACAGCCAUGUCCGAGAUCUGGGUUCUCUGGCCACUGAUAUUUACCUCCAUUGCUGGACCAUUGUCUAAAGGUGAUAAUGCCCAUGUGGCUGAUAGCAACUCUGAGAUGCUGAAAUUGAGUAAGAAUAUUACUAAAAGGGAGAGCUGCGAUGAAGGCCUGUAUCGUGAGCACGAAUUUUGUUGUCAGCCGUGUCCUCCUGGCAAACGGAAAAGUGAUGAUUGCAAAAUUGAUGGAGGUGAACCAGAAUGUGUACUCUGUGCAGAGGGGGUGGAGUACACAGACAAGAACCAUCAUUCUUUUAACUGCAGAAGAUGUAGAGUUUGUGAUGGAGAACAUGGCCUAGAAGUGGAAAAAAACUGUACCCGGACCCAGAAUACCAAGUGCAGAUGUAAACCAAACUUUUUUUGUAACGUAUCUCUGUGUGAACACUGUAACCCUUGUACCACGUGUGAACAUGGAAUCAUUGAGAAAUGCACACCGACCAGCAACACCAAAUGCAGAGAAGUUUUCCAAUCUACAGGAUCCAGAUCUAACUUACACAGUUUAUGGGCCCCCCUGAUCCUCAUUCCAAUAUCUGCACUAAUAUACAGGGAGGUGAAAAGACGGCGCAGGAAUAGAAAGAAUGGUCACCAGAAAUCUAUAGCCUCAAAUACUGUAAAGACUAUUCUCUAUUUUUCAGACAUUGACUUGGGAAAACAUAUCAUUAGUAUUGCUGAACAAAUGAAAAUAACUGAAGUUAAAGAAUUUGUUCGGAAGAAUGGUAUGGAGGAAACUAAAAUAGAUGAGAUCAAGCACGACAAUCCCCAAGAUACAGCUGAACAGAAAGUCCAACUGCUCCGUAAUUGGUAUCAAAGUCAUGGGAAGAAAGAUGCAUAUUGCACUUUGAUUAAAAGUCUCAGAAAAGCCAAACUUCAUGCCCUUGCAGAGAAAAUUCAAGAUAUAGUCCAGAAGGACAUUACUAGUGAACAUGAAAAUGCAGACUUGCAAAAUGAAAAUGAAAGCUUGGCUUAAAGUGAAAAACAACUAACUCAGUUCUAAGAAUAUACUAAAGAAAGAUUAAUGUUCGAAUAAGUUCUGGGUAGCUGCAAGCUAUAAAUAUUGCUUGGCUUUUUUUUUUUUACGGGGUGUGUUUUCUUUUUUCAUUUAUUAGAUUUGUAGAGCUAAUAUGUUUACAGGCUUUGAGCAUCUCAUGGUUCUGCCUUCAAGGAUGUUUAAAAUCUAGCUGGGAAGACGGACACAGUUAAGAGUAAAUACAGGGGCAUGUCAAGUGCGCAAAAAAGAACGUAUGCAAAGGACAAAAGAUUUCAGAUCAUGUUCAAGUAUCUAACAUAUGAUUCUGUAAGUAUGAAUGUAAUUAACAUAUGUAAAUACAAAUGCCUAUCCACAGGCUGACCUCAUUCCAUAAAUCAGUAGAUGUGAUCUUUUGUUGUCCUGUCACAAUCAACUGGCUCUAAAUUACCUCCCCAGCUCCACUGAUAAUUCUAGAGAUUUUACCAUAUUUGUAAAUUUUGUUUACAGUUUUGAGAGGAGCGUACUCAGGGAAAACUUACACAUACAUCUGAAUGUAGACUAUAAUAAAGUUCUACCUCAAAGGUCUUUGCACAGAUUAUUGGCAUUUCAUGGUGAAAUAUUUCAAUUUUGAAUUCACAUAGAAAAUGCAGACUCAGUUAUAAUGCUUGGCUAUUUUAUAUUUGUUUGUCACUUUGGAUCAAAAUAAUCCACUUCUUUCUCAGGUGUCAAAACAUUUUGAUCAGGAAAGAAUUACUAGAUCAUUGGCACCUCUCCAUUUUCUCCUUGAUGUGCGUCUUGGUGGCCUGUGCACCCCCAGACUUGGAAGGACUGCCUAAGAAACACUUAACUGAUUCAUGCAAAGCUGGGACUGCCCUUGGAAACACCUAGCUUAGUUUGGAGAGACUAACUGGUCUUACGGAAGGUAGCUUUGUGGCAUAGCACGAACCCAUGUCUACCACCAAAGCUGAUAAGGUAGAUUCUUAUUUUGCUCCACCCGCCACAAAAUGUUCAGUAACUCCCCAUGUGUUCUCUCUUGAUGCAAAGGCAGCUUAUACAGAGCAAAAGUGAAAUCAUGUCAGGUUUCAGGAAUUGCUCUUGUUAUUUCCUGUAGCUUCUUAGACAAACAAGCCCCUUUCCCCACUACCACUUCCUUACUUUUACAUUAAACACUUUUGAAAGUUUAUACUAAAUGUGAAUGUUAAUAAAUACUAUUAAUAUUUAUAUAGUUGUAAGCUGAAGACAGUUAUAAGCUGAAACAGAUACUCAGAACUACCUAAAGAGCUUCCAUUGAGGGAAGGUGUUUUCCUCUUAUGUUUGGAAAUAGAAAAUAUAGGUAAAACUAUUUAAUUAAAAUCAUGUUUUUGGUAUCUGUGGUUAUCUCUUUUUUUGGUGGGGCCUUGCUUUUUGUUUUUGUUUUCUUUUUUCCAUCUAUUGCUAAAUGUAACCUGUUUAUAAAUCUUUCAUCCUUCCUUUGGUCUCUUAGGAGGUAUUUCCUUUUUAAAGCCCUUUAGUAGUUAAAUAAUUUCCUCCAUAGGCUGUUACUCUCAAAAAUACCCCUCUCCUAAACACGUAAUUAGUUAUUAUGUGAGGAUUUACUAUAACAGGAUUAUAUAUCAGGCACUGAACGUGUGGUUAAGAAAGUAAAUAUUUCAAAGGGUUGGUUUUACUGGUAAGAAAGCUAAAUUGGGGAUUUUGAAAUAAUCCUUCCUGCAUACUUUCCAUUUCUGGCUACGUAGUGACCACUGGACUAUCUCUCUUUUUUAAAACUUAAUUUUAAUAAUAUAUUUUGUUUAACCCAUCAUUUCCCAAGUAUUAUCAUUUCAAAUGUAAGCAGUAUAAAAACUAUUAAUGAUAUAAUUUACAUUUUUCUUUCAUAGUAAAGCCCACAAAAUCUGGUUUGUAUUUUAUUUAUACUUACAAGCACAUCUCAGUUUGGACUGGUUACGGCAUUGAUAGUUCAGGUCUAUAUCUUUGUUAGGGCAGAUCUGGCAACCGUGAGUCUAUGGCUGGUUUAGCCCUACUACUAAAGUCCAGUACUCUCUGUGGCUUUUCAAUGGGAUCUCUUCACUCUGGUUGGUUGGAGCAUCAACAGUCUGCUACUCCUAUGUCAGCCUUGGGAAUUGUUCUGCUUACAGCACCUGUAGCUGUUCUUUGCUGGUCUUGGAGUCUUAUCCCUGCAUGUGCGCGUAGUAUCAUCCAAAGACUCCAGAGAAUCUCUGUACCGAUUUCUGGAACUCUUUUUCUGUGUAGCUUCCUUCUUUUCAGUAUUCUGUUCCGAAAAGCCUGGCAGCCUCCGCCUCCUAAACUUAACCUUCUGCCCCUCAACUUGACAAGAUGACUGUUCUCUGCUUAGAGUUCCUCCGGUACUAGGAUCGGGAAAGGGCUUGUGGGCAGGAAGGCUGAGUGGUCAUAGAGAUCACCUCCUUAGUUUCUCUUUUCUGAGGGAUAGUCCGCACUAUCUGUUACCUGGUUUUCUGGUUCUAGACAGCAGGGGGGCAAGUCUGAUACUAGUUAAUCUUCACGGCCAGAAGCGGAAGUCCUACAGGCACACCUCAUUUUAUUGUGCUUCGCUUUAUUGCAUUUCACAGAUACUGUGUUUUCUACAAACAGGUUUUGUGGCAACCUUGCAUCGAGCAAGUCUAUCAGCGCCAUUUUUUUCUCCAUCUGCUUACUUCAUGCACAUUUUGGUAAUUCUCGCAAUCUUUCAGACUUUCUCAUUAUGAUUAUAUUUGUUAUGGUGAUCUGUGAUCAGUGAUCUUUGAUGGUACUGUUGCAAAAAAAAUUACAACUUGCUGAAGGUUCAGAUGAUGGUUAGAAUUUUUUAGCACUAAAGCAUUUUUAAAUUAAGGUAUGUACAUUUUUUUGACAUAACGCUAUUACACACUAAAUAGACUGCAGUAUAGUAUAAACAUAACUUUUAUAUGCAGCGGGCGACCAAAAAAUUUGUGUGACUCGCUUUAUUGCGAUAUUUGCUUUAUUGCGGUGGUCUAGAACAGAAUCCACAGUAUCUUCACCUUGUACUUUGCAAGGUGAAGUUGAGUUAGAGAACAUCCUGUACCUAUUCUGGUAAGUUCCAAUCCGAGAAUUUCAGGUUCCUUUGGGAGGACGAGGGAAGUUGAGAAGGUCUUGGGACUUGGUGGUAUGGCUUUUUCCCUCAUAGUUUCACUUGAGUGUGACUGUUCCCAAUAAUCACAGCCAUGAUCCAGAGCUUGAGGUGGCCCUUGGUUCAAGAUCACCCUUAUUGUGGUGAACCUGGUCUGGUCCUCUUUGUGGCGGACAUCCUGGGUAAGAGUGUCACCCGUGAGCUGUAGAAAAAAGGUUAUUUGUAGAAAGAGGUUGUAGAUCAUAUGGUGAGACUUGCUUACUCAGACAUCUUGGUCUUCCUCAUUGGUUUGCAUACGGAGUUCUCCCAACGUCGAUUUGAUCAGAAACUUUUUAGCUAUUGAAUCAUCAGUUUCUGUAGAGCUGUCUGGAUAAGGUAUAUAAUCAAUGCAACUUAGAAUUUUGUCCAUCCUCGCUCCUGAAAGGUAAUGUAUCUGAGUAUAGAAUUUUAUGCCAGAAUACUUGCAGUUUUCCCUCAUCACUUUGAAAAUGUUAAUCUACUGUCUUCUUACAUUUAUCGCUGCUGAUGGAAUGUCUGCUGUUGGUCUAAAUAUCAUUCCUUCAAAGGUAAUGUUUAUUUUUAAAUUCUGAUACGUUUUAAAGUUUCCCCUACCUUUUCCUUGGUGUUCUGCUGUUUCACUACAACGAGCUUUGAUGUAGAUUUAUUUUUACUGAACUUAUUUAAUAAGAGUAAAUUUUUAAUCAGAAAGAUAGGGCUGUAGCUUCUGUCCUGUCUGGAAAAUUCUCAGCUAUUUUCUCUUUCAGAAGAGUUUCUUUUGAAACUCUUAGUAUUAUCUGGCGAAGCUUCUUGGCUUAUUCUUCAGGUCUCUUACUUUUAUUUUUUUAAUUUUUUAGUAUAAUUGUCUCUAUAUAUUGCAUUUGGGGGAAUUCCUCUUCAUUCUCUUCAAAUUAACUCUUUUCUUUCUUACUAAUCAGGCUGGAGUAUUACAUCCACUGAGGUAUAUAGUUCGUUGUCUACAUUUUUCAUUCUUAACAUUUCUAAGGGCUUCUUUCACACGUUCACUUGUACCUGUUUCAUUUCUGCUUGGUUUUCACUGGCAAUUUAUUAGAGUUCAAUAGAUUUUAUUCUACCGUCUAUCUCUUUCAGGAUCUUACAGUUAUUUUAAAGUCUGUUUUAGAAUUGCUUUGUUAUCUUAACCUUAACUGCAGUGAUUUCAUGCUGAUUUUGUAGUGUGGCUUUUCUGGUGUGAUUUUCUUCUUGUAUUUUUGAACUCUGUAGGUUCAUCUUGAAUAAUAGAUUUUUUUUUUUCUUAUUUCUCUUCACUCACCUCUAUCUAGUAGUUUUGUGGCUUCUUUUACCAGGGCUUUCAGAGUCCCCAGUUCUGAGCCUGGAUUUAUAGAUGCGUUUUGCAACUCACAGCCCUUGGUGACACUGGGGCUGUCACAUAUUCAGUCAUGUAUCUGGGGGCAGCUUGGCUCAGUUCUAUGUCAUGAGGUUGUGCCUAGGUCUUCCCGGAUCCCAAGCCCCACAGCAGCAUAUAAGCCAUAGUCCCAGGCAGUGUUUGGCAGAAGUUCUGUUUAGCUGUCUUUCACCAGUCAGAAAGCUCUGCCUCAGUCCCCGAUUUUAAGAAGGGAGACUGGCUCUUGUCCUCUGCCUCAGGUGGGCCCAUUUAUUCUUGGCUAAACCCAGCAGCAAACUCUGCUUUCCUUCCAGGCAUUGAUCUCACAAGGCUUUGGCUUCUGUCCAGGUCUUUAAUUAUCUUGCUGUUUUCCAUUCUUCUAGCAAGGAAGGAUUUCUUAUUCUUUAGCCCGGCUGUGCCUUUUAGUUUUCCUUUUAAAAUGUGUUGUGUGUCACUGCUGUUUGGUCAGAUUGAGAGGCGGUGGCCCUCAAGAAGUGCACUUACAAUUCUAUAUUAACCCCAAGGCCCCAAUUUUGUCAUUAGAUGAUCAGAAACAAUGUUUUGUUUUACAUUUUUAAGUUACAACUAGCACUCAAGUUGUUUUCAGUUACAUAGAGGAUUAAUUAAUUAAUUAAUUCAAAUAAAAUAAAAUAAAUAAAUAACAAGGCUACACUUUGCUCUCAGUUGGCCACAAGAUGGCAGUGUUUCUCCUAGUACUAACUGCCCUCCUUGUAUAAAAGACUUAUCCCUACCAAAACAUAUCCCAGUCAUCUCAUAUUUUGAUUCUUUUUUUUUUUUUCCUAGUAGAGGCCAAGCACAGCCUGGAGUAGUAGGUCAAGACGCAGUCUGGAAUCAGGCAAAUCCAAGUUCAAUUUCUGGCUCUGCCACAAACUAACUUACAACCUUGAACUGAACAUCUCCAAGUUUCUGUUUCCUCAUCUAGAAGAUGAAAGACACAUCUGGCUUACCCUUCUUGUGACUUGGAGAGGAACAAGAAGAAAAUACAUGGGCAAGUGUAAUAAAUUAUAAUGUACUAUGGAACGAGUUGUUAACUAUUAAUGUGCAUAAGAAUCACCUGAGGAAAUUUUGAAACUGCAUAUUUCCCAGGUCUUGCUCCCAGAGAUGUUCCGUAGAUCCAGGGCCGUGCCUGGGAAUGUGCAUAUUACCAAGCACCCUUGAUAAUCAUCAUGCUGAAGGCCCUUGGACCGUAAUUUAAGAAACCGCAUUAUACAAAUACAUACGAGUAGAAAGAGAGAUUAAGGCACAGAAGUUAUUCUUAACUCCCUUUGUAAUGGCACGUAUUAUUUUCUAUUUUGAAUAAAAUUUUAUGAAAUCCCCUCUCCUCAUAGAUUAAUCAAAGCAGAAAUAUGCAUUUUGUUCAUCCUUUCAUGUUCACAGCAAGUAUUUGGAAAUAUUUAUUGUGUGAUAAUCAGAUCUAGGACAGUCUGUAGAGCAUCCCUAAAAGUUUUACCCCAUUUAUGGGUAUAUUUGGGUAACAGGACUUGACAGACUCAACAGAAUUGUCUUAGCUUUGCUUUUGGACUCCCAUGGGCUUAUCUUUGCUUCCAAAUAACUGACCCAGUGCCUUCUGGUAAUGGCUGGAUCAUGGGCUUCACCCUGCCGAGAGAAGCAGAUGUGCAGGAAGUUUAGCAAUGAAGUUUCAGGAAUCUCCUGGAGUGCUCUAUCACUAUGACUAUCACAGACCACCAGGAUUUUUUGACCAGUACUGGCAGCAUUUUCACAAUUUCUACGCAAAGCCUCGGCCCCCCUACUCUUCCAAGGAUACUCCUCCAGUGGGCUGUUGCCCCAGCAGAGAAGGUCCCACUCAAAGGAUGAACAGAGCAGGAGAGCUAUGCAGUCUGGCCCCUUGGGUGCGGGGCUAGGGUGGGAUAGCUCAGACAUGACAACCCCAGCACCUGGACGUGGGUGUUUCUAGUUUCACCUUAGGCAACAGGAGAUAGCGAAGUUUUCCGAAAGGGCUAUAGAAUUUUGCUUCACUUGGACCUUGUUCAGACUUCACACUGCUACAGAAAGGAACGUGCUUAAACAGAACUACAGAAUUUUUAGUCUUCUAGAAAAUCCUUGUUGAGCAACUGUUUUUGAGCCAGCACCAUUUUAAGCCUUUCACUAAAAUGUUAAUAAAAUAUCCAGAGACUCUGGAGCUGAGAUUCUAACAACAGGAGACACACAAUUAACAAUAAGUGGACUUGGUUGCACUUGGUCUUUGUAAGGACCAUUUGUUGAAUUGGUGGAACCCUGAAUCAGUAAAUGAGGGGGGAUCUCAACGCAGCACUUUCCACACCCCAUCCCGCCAAGUCCUUGUGCAGAGUACACUCUGCCCUUGGGCAUUUUCUUCACUCUGCCAGCUGUUCUAGGGAUUGACCUAUGCCUCACACCUUAGUCAUCUUUUCACUGAGACAGGACUUCUUAAGAACACAGCAUUUGGAAAGUCCCUUUCUUCACCCCUCCCUUUUUGUUUUUAAUUGAGAUGAAAUUCACAUAAGAUUACCCACUUGAAAGUGUACAGUUCAAUGGCAUCUAGUACAUUUGCAGUGUUGUGCAAGCACCCCCUCUAUCUAGUUCCAAAACAGUUUCAUCACUCCCAAAGAAAACCCUGUAUCCAUUAAGGAGUCACUUCUCCCCGUCUUCUCCCUCCAGCCCCUGGAAACCACCAGUCUGAUUUCUGUCCCUAAGGAUUUAACUUUUCUGGACAUUUCAUAUAAAUGGAAACAUAUAAUGUGUGGUCUUUUAUGUCCAGCUUCUUUCGUGAAGCAGUAUUUCCAAAAAACAUUCAAGUGAAGUUGCAUAUUUUAAUUCUGCACAGUCAGAAAAGGAAGUGUAAUGCCAGCUAGUUCUUAUCUGAUAGUAACAAUCAAAGGCUUUUCUGAUUUCUUCAGCUUCAGAAGGUGACAUAUACAAUGAUUGUCAGACUUCUAUUUUCUAGGGCAAGUUUUCUUUGGGUAAAGAUCUAGAAUAACACCUGAAACUAACACAACAUUGUAAAUCAACUAUACUCCAGUAAAAAAUUUUUUUUAAAAAUCCGGAAUAAGGUGACAAUGGUAAUAGCUUUGAUAGAUCAUUUCAUAGCCUUACCUCAAUUUCUGCCCUUACUGUCAAUAAGAGCAAAUGUUUCAGUAGGGAAGUUCAGUGAAAUGUUUUCCUGCAGGGAGUGAGGAUGGAGGGUCUCAGAUGUGGAGAGCUUCGAGGUAGUCUUACUCUUCUAUUUAUGGAGAAAUAUCAAUGGGCCCCUCAAGAAUCCUUUUCAGUUUUAACUCCAUCAAUGCAUGUUAUUCCCAGACUUUGAGGUAGGUAUUAUUACACCCAUUUUAAGGAUGAAGAAACUGAGGCUUUAAGAAGCUAAAGCUUUGUACAAAUGUAUACAUCUUUCUGCUGACAACUGAGACUGAGUUUUUAUACUCUAGAGAAAGUUCUAAAAUAAUGAGCAGUGUCAUUUCCUGGAACUCUUAGUACCCUCACCAGAAGCCUAAUGAACUUUCAUUGAAAACCAACAUGGGUCUGACAUAAGAUUUAGAGUUAGAUGAGAGGGUGCCUGCCCCCACCUAGAGAAGGCUCUCGGUGACACUCAGUAAAGAUGACCAGACCAGGCUGAAUUCAGCCAGGUAUCCUCUAUGCCUCAUACCGCUUUUCACAAACUCUGUGUGUGUGUGUGUGUGUGUGUGUGUGUGUGUGUGAGAGUGUGUGUGUAUGUGUGAAUUCCCUAUUCUGUUUCAAGUCUACCAAAGGCAGUGGUUCCUAAUGAGAGCUAUAGUAGCAUUCUUUGUUUCCAUGUGAUGCUUUCAUGAUUGCUCCUGACAAAAUGUUUGAGAUGGCAGCUAACUGGCUUUAGAAGCACACACAUACACACAGACCUUUAAUAUUACCCCUUGUUAACUCAAGAAAUAUAUAUAUUUCAGGAAUAUAUAUAUAUUCUUGAGUUUAUCUCAUGGUGGAAAUAUAUAGCAGAAAACAUCUAUACUAAUUAACUAAAUAAUUUCUUCUCUAAUGAGGGAUAUCAAGAAAAAAGUACAGGUGCUAUGAAUUGGUGUAACAGGGAAACCUAAUCUAGACUGGGAUGGGGCUAGAAGAUUAGGGAAGGGCUUCUCAAGGAAAUGAUGUCCGACUGUGUAUUUUUCCAUAUCUAAAUGUAUCUCUAUAUAGAUACGAACAGAUAUUCAUGAAAAAUUAAAACAUGAUUACCUCCGGGCAGUGAGCAUUGGAAUGAUGUGGGAUUAUUCUUUUGCACACACACACAUAUAUGAAACAAAAGUUAUUUUUUAAGGCAUUUCCUAUGCAGAUAAAGUACAUACACAUUUGUUGAAAGUUAGGUUUAAGCACCAUCAAAUCAAAAGCUGGUUUAAUCUCUGCUGAUUUUGUAUCUUUGACUUUGUAACUUUUACUAAAUAAGGAGCUAUUUGAUGUUCAUAGAGAAACUUAGGAAAUCUCAGAUGUUUUAUGUUUCCGAGAAUUGGAUUGCAAAAUAGGUAUUACAAACUCAAAUAAUGACAGUGUCUGCUGGACCCUAAUUGAAGCCAUCACACGGGGCUAAUUUUCCUGUAACACCAGGCAGUGAGCCUUCUUUGUGACGAACUCACUCAGGUCACAGCACCUUUGCUGGGUGGGUAUGUGAAGGAGGCUACUGGGCAGAGUUUCCAGUACUCGGGAGCUUGCUGUCUUGUGGGAAAGACAAGCCAAUCACAUAAAAGCACAUUCUGAGUGCACAUGGGCUGCAUUCUCUUAUUCCUGCAAAUAACCCAAAAUGUCAGGCAGGACAUAUUGACUGUGGUCAUUUAAUCUGUAUGGUAAUGAGGGCACAUGAAUCACCUUGUGGGGUGAGUUUAAAACGUAGAGGACUGUUCUCGUGUAGAUUCUAAUGCGGAGGAGCAGAGCUGACAUCUGAAUUCCUAACGUGGUUCCCCAUUAGUGAAUUCCAGUGAAGACCCCCUGAGAAAUACUGACCUAGAGGACCUGUAGAUGGGCUUCAAGGAGCCUUGAAUCCUCUAAAAUUAUGUAUUAAAUUGAGGUUGCAUGUAAAUUUGUCUAGGAAA